AUGUCCGCCAAAGCAAUACGCGAAGCCACCGGUAAAGAUAUUAUCAACCGCCAUCUACAGGGCGAUCAUGGAGCGGCCAAGUGCCGCUUUGCAACCGUGACCGAAACUACACAAUGGCAGCAGCUGGUACUGGACAACCCGUGGCUGGAGACGUCGCCUCUUGUGGUUAAACCGGAUCAGUUGAUUAAGAGACGUGGCAAACUCGGACUGAUUGCUGUUAACAAAAACCUAACCCAGGUAAAGGCAUGGGUCAAUGAACGGAUGGGCAAAGAUCAGAAGGUUGGAAAUGCUACCGGCAAGCUGCGCAAUUUUAUCAUCGAACCGUUUGUCCCGCACAAAGAUAAUGAGGAAGCGUACGUAUGUAUCUACUCUCACCGGACGGCAGACACAAUACUGUUCUAUCAUCAGGGUGGCGUUGAUAUCGGUGAUGUAGACGCGAAGGCGUUGAAGUUGGAAGUACCUGUCGGUAAAGAUGUGACCAUGGCCGAAAUCGAGAAAGUGUUGCUAACUGAAAUUUCUUCCGCCAAGAAGCAAAGAGUUGCCAACUUUGUAUACAAUCUGUACCGAUUGUACGUGGACCUGUACUUUACUUACCUGGAAAUUAAUCCGCUGGUCAUCACGAACGAUUCCAUCUAUAUUCUCGAUUUAGCAGCUAAGGUGGAUGCAACGGCUGACUUCAUCUGUCGGCCAAAAUGGGGAGAGAUUGAUUAUCCGCCACCAUUUGGACGAGAUGCAUUCCCGGAGGAAGCGUACAUUGCCGAUUUGGAUGCUAAGAGCGGUGCUUCGCUGAAGCUUACCAUUCUGAACCGCAACGGUCGCAUCUGGACAAUGGUUGCCGGUGGUGGUGCUAGUGUAAUCUAUUCUGAUACAAUCUGCGAUCUGGGCGGUGCUAGUGAGCUGGCAAACUAUGGCGAAUACAGCGGGGCACCGUCGGAGCAGCAAACGUACGAAUAUGCCAAGACUAUUCUUAGUCUGAUGACCAGCAGUCCGAAGCAUCCGGAUGGAAAGGUGCUGAUUACUGGGGGAGGUAUUGCCAACUUUACGAACGUAGCAGCAACAUUCAGCGGUAUUAUUACCGCGUUACGUGACUACCAGCAGAAGUUGAUCGAGCACAAUGUGUCCAUCUUUGUGCGUCGUGCAGGACCGAACUAUCAGGAGGGCUUACGCAAGAUGCGUGAGAUUGGUAGCAGUCUGGGCAUUCCACUGUACGUAUUCGGUCCGGAGACACACAUGACAGCUAUUUGCGGUAUGGCACUAGGAAAGAAACCAAUCGCUAAGAGCAACAAUGUUCACUUUGCAACUGCAAACUUCCUUCUUCCGGGCGGCCAGCAGGUAGCCGAAUCCUCAAAAAAGGCGUCCACUGCUAGCAGUGGCGUUAGUAAGAAAUUUACCUCACCCGCUACUUCCCCGGUAGGCGAAUCAGGUGCAAUCCGAUCGUCACAGACAGAAAUCGGCUCGGAUGCGUACCGUCAAAUGUUUACCAACCGUACCAAGGCACUCGUUUGGGGAAUGCAAACCCGAGCUGUCCAGUCGAUGCUGGAUUUCGACUUUAUUUGCAGCCGUGAUGAACCUUCCGUGGUCGCUAUGGUAUACCCGUUCACCGGGUACCAUAAGCAAAAGUUCUACUGGGGUCACAAGGAAGUGCUGAUCCCAGUGUACUCUAAGAUGUCGGAAGCAAUCAACAAGCACAAGGAAGCCGAUGUGCUAGUAAACUUUGCGUCUCUCCGUUCGGCUUACGAUAGUUCGAUCGAAGUGUUGGACUAUCCGCAGAUCCGCACCAUUGCCAUCAUCGCUGAAGGUAUUCCAGAGAAUCUGACGCGCAAGCUGAACAUGGCUGCAAAGGACCGUAACGUUUCAAUCAUCGGCCCGGCCACGGUUGGUGGCGUUAAACCGGGAUGCUUCAAGAUUGGUAAUACGGGCGGUAUGCUCGAUAAUAUUAUACAUUCCAAGUUGUAUCGCGCCGGCAGUGUAGCGUACGUCUCCCGCUCGGGUGGUAUGUCCAACGAGUUGAACAACAUUCUUUCGCUGACGACGGAUGGCGUAUACGAGGGUGUCGCGAUUGGUGGCGAUCGUUACCCUGGCACAACAUUUAUGGAUCACAUCUUACGCUAUCAGGCUGAUCCGGCUGCCAAGAUGAUCGUAUUGUUGGGGGAGGUUGGUGGUGUUGAGGAAUACGAAGUGUGUGAAGCAUUGAAGGACGGUCGCAUCACUAAGCCCUUGAUUGCCUGGUGCAUCGGUACAUGUGCGGGAAUGUUCACCUCUGAGGUGCAGUUCGGUCAUGCUGGAUCUUGUGCGAACUCGGAUCGCGAAACAGCCUCGGCUAAAAACAAUGCUCUUGCCGAUGCGGGCGCUCACGUACCUGCCUCGUUCGAUGCUUUCGGUGAUAUGAUUGGGUCGGUGUACGAGAGCAUGGUGAAGGAAGGACACAUCGUACCCGCCGAAGAGGUGCCACCCCCAACAGUACCGAUGGAUUACUCGUGGGCGCGGGAGCUUGGUUUGAUUCGCAAGCCGGCCUCAUUCAUGACGUCGAUUUGUGACGAAAGAGGCCAGGAGCUGCUUUACGCCGGCAUGCCGAUCAGCGAUGUGCUGCAGAAGAAUGUUGGCAUUGGUGGUGUUGUGUCGCUUCUGUGGUUCCAGCGCUGUUUGCCUCCGUAUGUGUGCAAGUUCUUUGAAAUGUGUCUGAUGGUAACUGCGGACCAUGGUCCUGCUGUAUCGGGCGCCCACAACACGAUCGUUUGUGCACGUGCCGGUAAAGAUUUGGUAUCGUCAGUUGUGAGCGGUUUGCUUACGAUCGGUGACCGUUUCGGCGGUGCACUGGAUGGUGCAGCCAAACAGUUCUCCGAGGCAUACGAUUCCAAUCUUCAUCCAAUGGAAUUCGUCAACUCUAUGCGUAAGAAGGGUCAACUGAUCAUGGGUAUCGGCCACAGAGUUAAAUCCAUCAAUAACCCGGACGUCCGAGUAAAGAUCAUCAAAGAAUUCGUAAUGCAAAAUUUCCCAGCUUACCCUCUGCUCGAGUACGCACUGGAAGUUGAGAAGAUUACCACCAGCAAGAAACCGAAUCUAAUUUUGAACGUGGAUGGAGUAAUUGCUACGUCUUUCGUUGAUUUGCUGAGAAACUGUGGUUCAUUCACGAGCGAGGAAGCUCAGGAGUACAUCAACAUCGGUGCGAUCAAUUCACUGUUUGUGUUGGGCCGUAGCAUCGGUUUCAUCGGACAUUACAUGGACCAGAAGCGCUUGAAGCAGGGUCUGUAUCGUCAUCCAUGGGACGACAUCUCUUACGUUCUUCCCGAACAGUACAAUUAA